AUGUUUUUCAUUAUUUUAAUUGUUGUAAUUAUAGUUACUCCAACAAUUACUGCUACAAUGAACAAAACAAAGAGGGGAAAAACCACAACAACAACAACAACAACGAUAGAGAUAACAUCAUCAACAACAAAUAAUAAUACGAGAUGGAAACAGAAUGCAGUUACUGUUGCUGGGGGAAAUGGAUUGGGAAUUGAAUCAAAUCAAUUAUAUAAUCCCCGUGGUAUUUAUAUUAAUAAUGAUGAUCAAAGUAUUUAUAUUGCUGACACUUCGAACCAUCGUAUUGUUAGAUGGGAAUUUGGUGCAGAUAAUGGUGAAAUCGUUGCAGGUGGAAAUGGAAAGGGGUAUGGCAUACAUCAAUUGAAUGAUCCAUCAGAUGUAGUUCUUGAUAAAGAGAAGAAAUACAUCAUCAUUUGUGAUCAGACCAACGCACGAGUGACACGAUGGUCCCGUCAAAAUAGUCAGGAUCCACAAAUAUUAAUACAUCGUAUUUAUUGUUGGGGUUUAGCAAUCGAUAAUAAUGGUGAUCUUUAUGUUUCUGACUUGUUAAAACAUGAAGUCAGACGUUUUCAACAAGGAGAUAAAGAAGGUACAGUUGUAGCAGGUGGACAUGGAUUAGGAUCUAGCUUUGAUCAACUUUGGCAACCCAGCCAUAUCUUCGUCGAUGAAUAUUAUUCAAUUUACGUAGCAGAUCAUAUGAAUAAUCGAGUAAUGAAAUGGAUGAAAAAUGCGACCAAAGGCAUUCUUGUUGUUCCAGAACAAGUUUCUGGCAAGAAUUCAAAUCCACUUAUUUUCCCCAUAGGUUUGAUUGUUGAUCAUAUGAGUAAUAUUUAUGUGUCGACGAAUGGAAUUCAUCAAAUAAUACGUUGGUCGCCUGCUGCAACAGAAGGUAUUCCUGUCGUUGGUGAAAAAGAAUUUGGGGUGAAACCCACCCAGCUUUUAUUCCCUCAAGAUUUAUCAUUUGAUGGACAGGGUAAUCUUUAUGUUGUCGAUAGAUCCAACGAUCGAAUACAAAGAUUCGAUAUUGAUCUCGACUGA